AUGGAGUUUCUUCUCUCAAACCCCAGUUUCUUCUUCACUGCUCUGGCUGUAGUCUUAUCCAUUUUCACCAUCUCACUACUGAAAUGGAAGCUGAGCAACAAGAAGUACCCACCAAUUGCUGGCACAGUACUUCAUCAGCUACAUAACUUCAACCGGGUGCAUGAUUACAUGACUGAUCUUGCUGGAAAACACAAGACUUACAGACUGCUCGCCCCCUUCAGGAGUGAGAUCUAUACCUCAGACCCAACAAAUGUGGAGUACAUUCUUAAAUCGAACUUCGAUAACUACGGAAAGGGAGGGUAUAAUUACAAUAUUCUGAGGGAUCUUCUAGGGGAUGGAAUUUUUGCAGUUGAUGGAGAAAAGUGGCGCCAACAAAGGAAAAUAUCGAGUCAUGAGUUUUCGACAAGGAAGUUGAGGGACUUCAGUAGUCUAAUCUUCCAGAAAAGUGCGGCAAAACUUGCUCACAUGAUGUCUGAAAUUGCAAGUUCCAACCAGACAAUUGAAAUUCAAGAUGUGUUUAUGAAAUCAGCCUUGGAUACGAUAUUCCAAGUAUCAUUCGGUGUUGAAUUAGACAACAUGUGUGAAUCAAGUGAAGAAGGCAAGAAUUUUGGUGAUGCUUUUGACAAUUCAAGUGCGUUGACCCUUUUUCGUUAUGUUGAUGUGUUAUGGGGGAUCAAGAAGUUUAUGAAUGUAGGAUCAGAAGCCAUCUUAAGGAAGAAUACCAAAAUCGUUGAUGAAUUCGUUUAUAAGUUAAUCCACAAAAAACUUGAGCAAAUGGAGAAAAAAGACGACUCUUCUGACGCUAUGGAGAGAGAGGACAUUUUGUCGCGGUUUCUGCGAGUGAGCCAGACUAAUCCAACAUACUUGAGAGACAUUAUCCUCAACUUAAUUAUAGCUGGUAAAGACACAACAGCGAGCACACUUUCCUGGUUCUUUUACUUGCUCUGCAGACACCCUUCAGUCCAAGAGAGGAUUCAACAAGAAGUGGAGCAAGUAACCGGCAUGAAAAAGAUUACUAACUUCUUUGAGUUCGCGUCAAGUUUGAGAGAAGAUGUUCUGGAAAAGAUGCAGUAUCUUCAUGCUGCCAUCACAGAAACUCUUAGAAUCUAUCCUGCAGUUCCAGUGGAUGGAAAAAUAUGUUUCUCUGAUGAUACUUUGCCAGAUGGAUUCAGUGUGAGGAAAGGAACUUUGGUAGCGUACCAACCCUAUGCCAUGGGAAGGAUGAAAGCACUAUGGGGAGAAGAUGCUGAGCAGUUCAAACCAGAGAGGUGGCUCGAUGAGAAUGGAGUCUUCCAGCCAGAGAGCCCCUUCAAGUUUACAGCCUUUCAGGCCGGGCCGCGAAUAUGUCUCGGAAAAGAGUUUGCUUACAGACAAAUGAAGAUCCUUUCAGCUGUUUUGUUAAGCUGUUUUGUGUUCAAGAUGAGUGACGAGAACAGAGUUGUAACUUACAGGACGAUGAUUACUCUUCACAUCGAUGAGGGUUUAGAGGUUCAGGUGCUUCAGAGAUAGUGUAUGUAGCUUCCUAGUCAUAAUAAUUUAGGAAG